GUCUCACAUGGAGUAUUGUUUUCAUCUCUGGAUCGGGGCACCCCAGAGCCAGCUCCUUCCACUUGACCGUAUCCAGCAAAGAGUGACUGGAAUCGAAGACCACCGAGUUUUUUCUGAUCAGCUUGACUCACUGGCGUGACGCUGCGAAGAGAUGUUGCAUCCCUUUGCAUUUUCUAUCGCAUUUUCCACGGGGAGUACUUAGAUAAAUUGUUCGGAUUAACUCCAGCCGCCAAAUUCCACGUACCAUCCACACCAUCUGGAUGCUUGGCGAUACACCAUAACUGUGCAAUUUACUAGAAGAUUUCUUUCUCGCAAGACUGUUUUGUGGAAUCAUCUACCACCGGCAUUUUCCCGGAUCAAUACGACUUAGAGACCUUCAAGCAACGAGCUUACUAUUUUCAAAAACGACCGGCAACGCACCUGCAAUUUCCCUGGUGUUGCAGCCGUUCACGGGCGAUGGUUGACACUUACUAUCAGCAAAAUUUGAUUUAAUGUGGGCAAAACCGUGGGGUGGAAAGAUAGUAAAAUAUAAAAUUUAGUAAAUAUAUUCUUGGGCUGGGCAGGCACAGACAGAACAGGCCGGUGGGGGCGCAUAUUCUUAGUUAGCCUAGGGCUGUCGGAACUCUAAAUCAGGCACUGCCCAGGGGUAAAAUAUUUUCUCGUUUAUGAGGUCACUUAGUAAAAAUCGCAUAACUAAAAAAGAUACAAUCGAAUUGUAAACCUUUUCCUUUUAUUAAGUAGUGUAAUUAUUUUUUGCAAUUAUAUUUUUUUGUGUACUACAUAUACACAAAAAAUAUAAUAGCAUUGAUUUUCUGAACGUAUGUUAUUGCUUACAAUUUUUUUUAAUGUUGAAUUUUUUGUUUUUAGGAGAUAACAGCCGUCACUUACAAUUUUAUUUUAGGUGACCGUUAGAACUGGUUUCCUUAAUAUACAGUUCGAGUAAAACGUCAAGCUCAAUAUUCACAAUCAAUCAUUAGCUAUAAAAUGAUUUAUGAAUGUUAUAUUAUAGGUUUACAUUUAUGUGUUGAUAAUAUUUCUUAUUCAGCGACUACGUAUUAAACAUUCUUUAGAACAGGCCUAUGUUCAGCAGUAGGCUUGUGGUGGUUUAUUAUGAUGAUGUUGAUUGAGCGUUGGUUUAAAAUAUUAUCUAUAUGUACGUACGUACUUGACGUAUUAUGGCUGCAAGACAAAUGGGUCAGCUCCACCGAGGUAGCUCCAGCUUCAGCAUUCAUAGAAUACCAGCGUAAACUAACUAGUAAAUUCUAUCGAUUAGCGUAAACUAGCAACAUACUACGUACCCCAUUGUAAGAGAACUACAACUUUUUACUGAUAACGUGGUAUUUCAUCUUCGUCCUCAGGGGUGACAACGUAUCAAUCGUUUUGGCUUACAUCCGUUUUAUUUGACCAUACGGUCGAGCUUAAAACGUUUCCCGGAACGUUUGUAAAUAAAAUAUUGAUUUUCUUAGUUUAAGAGAUUAAUUAAGAGAUUCAGAUAUUUAUAAUUUAAAAAGAAACACAAAAAGAGUACCUAAUGUUAUUUCAUUUUAUUACAGAGGCCCGACCAAAAUGGCAGUUUCUACCUCCAGUGCCCGGCUACGUGCCUGUAUACAUAAGAAGUGGGGACACACCACUGGAAGAAAUCAACCCUGAUCUAGCGGAAGCCUUCCACGCCCUACCUGCGGGACGAAGCUCAUACAAGCUACUUGAGGCCUCUCCCGAAAUACCAGAACAAGCCGACCAACCCCAACCAGAGCCUGUCUUGGAACCAGAGGACUCAACAGUAGACCGUCGUCCGUACGAAAAAAAAUUCCUAGAGAAAAAGAAGAAAGCGACUGAAGUACUGAAACCUGUUGAACGCAGAUAGGUAGAUACAGAUAUUAAUUAACUAUAUUAUAAUACUCUGCGAUGAAGUACACUGUGUUAUAGUUCGUUUUGUUAUAUAAGUAUGAUUAAAUAAGAUUAAAUAAGACAAUACAAAAUUACUGUUGGAAGCAAAUUCUGCUUUGAAAAAAAAAUUGAUCAUUAACAGCGUAAUUUAAACUAGAGUUUUGUAAGGCGCUCUUCGACUCCUAAAAGUAAAAAAAAUACUCAAAGUAGCAAUUAAGGUUAGUAACUUUUAAAUAAAAUAUGUAAACAAAUCUUUUAAAACUUUUUUAGUUGAUACAUACUAAGCGAAAUCUUUAAUACUUUAAAGGUAUGAAUUAACAAAAUGCUUGCCAUCCGCUUUAUGCUGUAUUUAUAUAUUUAUUUUAGAAACGAUAAAUAAAUAUAGACAUGUUAGCAUUUAGACAGUAAGAAAUACACAUAACUUAUAUUUAAAUUAAACGUAAUAACUGUUUGUUUUGUUUGAUUUACCUUCUCACCUUUCGUCAUUAUUCUUCUUUUAUCGCCGUAUUGCAAAUAUAAUAACCCUUUGAAAUUACCCUGUGUAGAUUCACGGAAGUUGCUGCUACUUACAAGUCACGAAUUACACUUACAACUACUCGACGAGAAUGCUUACUACGAGUACGUUCUACC